GUGAGUGCGUGUGUGUGUGUGUGUGUGUGUUUGAGAGCUGAGAGUUGAGAAAGAGCUGUAAACAUUUUACCCUGAAGUAGGCUGGACGGGAGGAGGGAUUUCCCUGACUUUGUGCCUUUUUCAAACUUUUUGUGCGCUCGAAGCUGUGCUGUGUCUUUCUCUGUGUGUACAGGCAGGGACUAUGCGAAGUGAGAGAAGUCGGAGGCAGGAGUAAGGGUGUAAAAACCAAAAGAGGAGAGAGAGAGAGAGAAGGGAGAAAGAGGCAAACUUCUCUGGAGGAAAGGAACCAUGCAUGUGGAUGCUGUCUUCUGUGGGGUCAGGUUACGCAAAAUGAGAAACUACUCCAAGAGCACUUCAUCAGGGCUCUCCAAGCUCAGAAAGGUAAAAGCAGAGAUGGAAGAAUUCAUUUAUAAUCCAGUUUUCCACCAGGAUGCCAGCUGCUAGCACCAUGACUGGUGGGAGGGCCCUGCUGCUCUGUACAAACACUGACAACUGUAUCUACCAAUCAGUCAACGGGCUCCAGUGCUGUGGCUUGAAGGUUGGGGAGGCUCCCUCAUCUUCGGUGCCCCAGCCCCAAGAGGUGUUCGGGUCACCGGGGAACAGAAACGGGAGGGACACUGUGUCUUCCAAGCGUCCCCUCUCACCCUUACUCAGCCUGAGCGACAGCCCGGGUCCUCCUGACACCAUGUUGGCUCACAGGAGAGCCAGCAACACCACCGACCCGCGGACAUCCAGCAUGGAGAACGGACUGUGUGGCAAACUGAACCACAGCAAGAGCCCAGCAGGAGUCAAGAGUGCAAGCAUCCGCGAUAAGAUCUCACAAUGGGAGGGCAAAAAGGAACCUGCCCAACUUACCUCUACAGGGACAUGUCCACUGAGCACGACACAAAAAGAAGUUGAGACAGUGAGGAAAAAGGAAUCUAAAGUUUCAGAGGUCCAAAGGACAGAUUGCAAGCGGUUUGUCAGCUGGGACAGACAAGACUCAGGGAAGGAGAAUGUCGGAAAGCUUGGGGAUUCAAGGCCGAAAUCUCCAGAAGGCCCAACAAACAAAGACAGAGAAGUGAUACUAGAGAGAGGGUUUCGGGCUUCUAAGCCAACAGAGCAACCCCUCGACAAGAAAACUGUUUUAACUCAUGUUAAGAAACUGGAGAAGGCAACAAAGGAAGUUCCUGACAGACCUUCACUUGCAUUUCCAGGGAAUUACUUCUGUCCUCCUUCAAAGGAGGAGGUGGAAGAAACAGAAAAGAGGGCCGGCGAGCCCAUUUUUGGGAGUUUUGACGUCCCUCGGCCCAGUGGGUCACGGAGGAGGAGGGAGGGGGAUCCAGAGAACGUAUACAGCGAGCCAGGUGCUCCAUCUAUAAACCCUCUACCUAAACCUCAGAGAACCUUCCAGCACCACACACCGCCCGCUACCCCAACUUCAGGGGCCGGCUCGGGGAAGGGAAAGAGGAACUUGCCCCCUUUGCCCUCCAUUCCUCCUCCACCUUUACCAACAUGCCCACCACCUGGAGUGUGCAGGAGACCCUGGGCUGACAAACCCCGGGACAGCAGUAACAGGAAGUCGUAUGAAUUCGAGGAUCUGCUCCAGUCGUCUACAGAGAGCUGCAGGGUGGACUGGUACGCUCAGUCCAGACUGGGCCUAACACGCACUUUAUCAGAAGAGAAUGUCUACGAGGACAUAAUAGAUCCUCCAUCCAAGGAGAACCCUUAUGAAGAUAUAGAGCUGGAGAGAAGUUGUUUGGGAAGCAAAUGUGUUUCACCUGCCUCCUCAUCUCCUGUCCCUGACACGCCAACUAAGCUCUCCUCCAAGCCCGGCUUCUUCAGACAAAACUCAGAACGGCGAAGUUUUAAGCUCCUCGAACUACGCAAGACCGGCAGGGACACUGGCAUCUCCUCACCCUCCCGUGUCAGCCCGCCCUCCACACCCAGCAGCCCCGACGACACCCCCUGCCUCUCAGGAGACCCGUACAAUCGCAGACGGAGGAAAAUCCCCAAGAUGGUGCUGAAAAUCAAUGGCAUCUUUGAGGCACGAAGAGGGAAGAAACGCAUGAAGAGAGUGUCUCAGUCGACCGAGUCCAGCUCAGGGAGAGUGACAGAUGAGAACAGUGAGUCGGAAAGUGACACGGAGGAGAAACUAAAAGCCCACAGCCAGCGUCUGGUGUCGGUUCAGUCCAUGCUAAGGCAGACGGGGCGGUACCGAACUUUGGAGAGGGAUCUGAUGGAGUUGCAGGAGAGGAAACUCUUUGAGUAUUUCAUAGUCGUUGCGCUUCACAAAACCAAGGCCGGAGUUCCAUACCUGCCCGAGGUCACACAGCAGUUCCCUCUCAAGCUUGAGAGGAGCUUUAAGUUCAUGCGGGAGACUGAGGACCAGCUGAAGGUCAUCCCUCAGUUCUGUUUCCCUGACGCCAAAGACUGGGCACCUGUCGACAACUUCCCCAGUGAAACGUUCUCAUUCGUCCUGACUGGUGAGGAUGGAAGCAGGCGGUUCGGCUACUGUCGACGAUUACUGCCCAGUGGUAAAGGCCGAAGGCUCCCUGAGGUCUACUGCAUCGUCAGCCGCCUGGGCUGCUUCGACCUCUUCUCCAAGAUCCUGGAUGAAGUGGAAAAGAGGAGGGCUAUCUCUCCUGCUCUGGUGCAGCCUUUUAUGAGAGGGAUCAUGGAAGCUCCCUUCCCUGCUCCAGGAAGGACCAUCACUGUCAAAAACUUCCUACCUGGCUCUGGGACAGAGGUGAUAGAGUUGUGUCGGCCGUCAGAUUCCCGUCUGGAGCAUGUGGACUUUGAAUGUCUCUUCUCCUCCUUGAGUCUGCGUCUCCUUCUGCGAGUGUUUGCCUCUCUGCUGCUGGAGCGCAGGGUCAUCUUCACCGCUGACAAACUCAGCACAUUGUCUCAGUGUUGUCAUGCAGUCGUGGCUCUUCUCUACCCCUUCACCUGGCAGCAUACGUACAUCCCCGUGCUCCCGCCCUCCAUGUUGGAUAUCGUCUGCACGCCUACACCCUUUAUAGUCGGCCUCCUCUCCAGCUCUCUGCCUCGACUCAAAGAGCUGCCCAUCGAAGAAGUCCUGGUGGUCGACCUCGGCAACAGCCGCUUCCUACGACAGCUGGAUGAUGAGGACUCCAUUCUUCCUCACAAGCUGCAGGCGGCUCUCGAACACGUGCUGGACAAGAGGAGGGAGCUGGCAUGUGAGAAAGGAGAUCUGCCCAAUGACUCCAGCUGCCUCAGCACGGUGGUAUCGGAGGCCUUUGUGCGUUUCUUCGUGGAGAUGGUGGGUCACUACUCCCUCUUUAUGGGCGGAGCAGAGCGCGAGGAUGAGUCUGUGUCCUCCCCCACCUUGCCCAGCCCCUCUUCUGCUGCCUCCUCAUCCUUUCAGCGUGAGGCCUUUCGCAAAGCGGUCACUUCCAAGAGCUUGAGAAGGUUUCUGGAGGUGUUCAUGGAGACACAGAUGUUCACCGGCUUCAUCCAGGAGAGGGAGCUGCGCAGGCAGGGUCUCAGAGGUCUGUUUGAGGUGAGAGCACAAGAGUAUCUGGAUUCGCUGCCUGGAAGCGAACAACGAGGAGUCAACAAGUUCCUCAAGGGCCUAGGAAACAAGAUGAAAUUCCUUUCCAAGAAAUGAUGCUUGGAGUCAGGAUGUUGUCUGUAAAAGCAUCACGAAGAGGUGUGCAGUAAAAAAAAAAAAA